AGUGGUUAACGAAACCUAAAUAUUGUGUCCCUCGUCACCGCAGUCGUAAAUCGAGUCUCAAUCAUGAUGGACGCGCAGGAAACCUUACGUAAUCUGUUAAACACGGAACUAGAUAACCGCGGCUACAAGCCACGAGACGUCGCUAUCAAAGCUAUAUCUACAAACGGUGCUAAUUACACCUCUCAAUUAUUCCUCGUUGACGUCACGUCCCCGAAAAAAGAUGAUCUACAUCUCUUCGCUAAAGUGGCAAUCAUCAACGAUGCCCUCAGAGACCGUAUGUGCGCUGACUGGCUGUUCGACACAGAAAAGUUCACGUACACAAAGCUGGCGAAAGUGUAUGAGGACUUGCAGAACAAAUUCAAAGUACCUGAAGAGGACAGGCUGAAGUUCCCUAAAUUCUACGGGGUUAGCGAUGAACAUGGGAAGGAGACAGUUAUUAUGGAGAAUUUAGUGGCUUCUGGCUACAAAUCUUUUAACAGAUUCGAUUCUAUGGACUGGGAACACGCUUGCGCCGGUGUUAAAAACUUGGCCUUAUUCCACGCGCUGUCGUUUGGUUACGCGAAGGAACAUCCUGAAGAAUUUCAGAAACUAACAGCCAAUAUGAAGUAUAUAUUGGGCAAAGCAUCUGAAGAUGUAGAAGCUAUGAAGCCUUUAUGGAUGAAGUUGAUAAAUACAGCACUAGCUGUGGUACAGGAUGAUCAAAAGGAGAGAGUAGCUACAUACUUAUCGUCUUGUCCUGAACUAUGUACAUAUAAUAUACCAAGGAGUAGAGCAGUAAUAUCACAUGGAGAUUAUCGGCUUAGUAACCUGCUAUUUAAGAAAAAGGGUACCAAAGUGGACGCCAUCUCAGUGGACUACCAGACCGUACACGCGGGUUGCCCAGCAACCGACCUCAUAUACUUCAUCUUCAUGGGCUCUGAUGAAGAGUUCAGAGCCAAGAACUAUGAGAGACUCUUGGAUUACUAUUAUACUACGCUGUGUGAAGCGAUGGAGAGGCUGUCUGUGGAUCCAGUGGAAGCUUACCCUAGAGAAAUGUUUGAUAGUGAUAUGAAAGAGACGAUGCCCUACGCAGUACUGAUCGGAGCCACCAUCUUACCCAUGGUGACAGUGGAAGCGGAACAAGCCCCCAACAUCCAGGAUAAUGACAUCAGCCAAUUCGUCUCCAUGUCGCCCAACGAGCUGUUUGCGAAAAGAUUUAGUGGCAUCGUCAAUGAUUGUAUUCGGUGGAAUGUUAUCUAAUGCACUGAAUUGUCUUACUACAUAAUAAUUUUCUAUACAAAUAAGAGUGUGUGUGCCGAGCACAUGUGUCAGAAGUGAAACUUCUUUGGCAAGAUUCCAAGAUACCAAAAUCGUCGUCUUACUCCAUGACGUGACGAUAUUGUCAUGAUGUGACCUUGAAGUUUUACUCAGAAGUUUCAAUUCAAAAAUUUUACGUUCUUAGGGUACCUACCACUCAAGAAUCUAUAUUGGGACCAAAUGAAAAUUGGCUAUCGAAAACAAAAAGAUUCACGUCUAUUUUACCUACAUGUAGUUAAUAAUUACUAUAUUUCGCACCGAUUUUUACCAAAUAGUUAGUCAUCACUAUAGGUAAUUUAUUAUUUUACAACCAAUGACUGGGAAUAAAAUUAUUUGUGUUCAAAAAACGGGAUAUUUGUUAAAUAUAAUUAAUUUUCGUAUAUUUAUACAUAUAAAUGAUAGAAACAA